UUAAAACCGAAAAAUGAAACGUCGCAUUAUAAAACAGAAAAAACACGCCACUACAUAAACAAAAUCGUGGAUAUUCGCUUCUUAUCGCGUGGGAAAUUUGCUUCUCUAAUUGGUCGGAAAAGUAUUCGGCUCAUUUCCGGACAUUGUCGCCUUGCAACUCGAUACCACAGAUACAACCCAAACAAACGUAAAUUUGUAUGCGAUUUAUUUAUGCCUUUCAUGGUUUUUUUCAAAGUAUUGCAGUUUCCUCCUAUUUUUAUUAAAACGAGAAGAGAGUGAUAUUUACGAUUCGGUGGCGUUUCACUUGGUGGUAUAUUUGUCAUUUCUAACCGUUUAAAUGUGUGGGAAACACAGCUGUGCACGCAGCACGAUCUUGUGGAAGUGAAGUUAGUGAAUAUGGCAAUAAAAGCAAAACCCAUCCCAAAUCUGCAAGUUUAAAUGUAUCCAGUGAAAUGCUGUACAUGUGUUGAGAGUGCCACAUUCUUACCAUGACACUCAGUGGGAAAUACAAGCAAUGCGAUUAUCCUGGCUUAGAAUCAAAAGCAAAUGGAAUCAGCAAUUUUGGUGAAGAAGACAGCUCAAAUGAUGAUAGCACUCAUUUUCAUGAGGAUACAGAUGGCCAAGUAUAUUCCUCAAUUAGUGAUAGAAGUUAUGAUGAAGUUGUAUUUGACAUACUCAAAGUGGAUCCAGAGGAUUUUGCAAAACAAAUAACUCUAAUGGAUAUUCCAGUCUUCAAAGCCAUCAAACCUGAGGAGCUGUCAUCAUGUGGUUGGAAUAAAAAGAACAAACUGGAGUUAUCUCCAAAUGUUGUGGCAAUGACUAAAAGAUUUAAUCAUGUGAGUUUUUGGGCUGUCAGAGAGAUUCUAAAGGCUACGUUAACAAAGACACGAGCAGAUGUUUUGUCAUUGUUCAUAAGAGUGGCAAAGAAACUAUUGGACAUGAAUAAUUUUCACUCUUCAAAAGCAAUUCUCUCUGGUCUUCAAAGUGAACCUGUGUACCGACUAGAACAGACAUGGAUGAUGGUCAACAGAAAAGACAAGCUCACUUUUGAUAAAUUAGACAAUGUCUUUUCCGUUACAGAAAACAAGCUAAAACUCCGUACACUUUUAGAGGAAGCAAAAUUACCAUGCAUACCAUAUCUAGGUAUCUACCUGACAGACCUUACCUACCUUGACACAGUCCAUCCUUCAACUGGUGGUCUUGAUAAAGAUAGAGAUCAGAAGAUGAAUAAUGUAAUACGAGUUAUAGCAGAGUUUCAAAUGUCUGAUUAUGAUGAUUUGGAAGAAGUCCCAUACAUCAUGAACUACUUGAAUUCAGUCAACUAUAUUGAUGAAUUUCAAAAAUUUAUGGAAGACAGAAACUAUAAAACUUCAUUGGAAAGAGAACCCCCAAAAGGUUCCAAAUCAAGUUUACUUAGUCAUUCCAACCCAAAAGAAAAAUAUCUACGAAUUGGAUCUGAUGUUAUUUCCAUAAGAGCACCAUUAUCAGCAACAGUUUCAAGAAAAGCAUCACACGUUCCUGAAACAUCCACUGCAAAAAUCCAACCAGGACAUCGGAAGUCCGCAAGUCUAGGUGUAAAUAUAUUCUCAUCCACUCAUCUUUCUUCGUCAAUGAACUGCCUGAGUCAUCAUUCAAACGAAGAUCCAUUUUCUGACACAACGUGUGAUACAUCAUCAGAGGUCUCACCAAGAACUCAUCCCAUUGAUGGCAGCAUACUGGACUGGAGUUGUUCCUCCUCAGAAAGCACAGAUAUAAGUAUUCAGUCCGAUCACAGUAAAACCAGCGAGGAGGCGAAUUUGGUCGACAAUUUACAGUUCAGUUGGGAGGACUGUUUAAAGAGAAAAGCACAAGUCAAAAAAGGAAAAAGACCUCCGUUUUCAUCAUGGAGGCGGUACUGGGUCGGCCUUUCUGGGAAUUAUCUGUUUUUCUUUCGUGCACGACAUAAGUUAUCAGGAAACGAUAGAAAAGGGUUUAAGCAAGCUCCUCAUGGUAAACCGUUCCUGUUAAGUGAUUGGAAAAUAUCAUUAUUUCGUGAUAAUGUUCGCUUUUUCUUUCAACUGGAGGACGAAAAUAACGGUUACGUGUAUAGGUUUUAUUCGCAAACAGAUAUUAGCACUAAGACGUGGUACGGCUUACUCAAAGAUGUUAUCGAUCACGAUCUUCAAAAGACACCACAAAAUCUCAUCUCUUUCGACGAAAACGAAUCGGAAGACACGAGACUAUAGCACGCAAUGUUC